AUGAACGUUCCUUUAUUGCUCAAGGUUAGACUGGGGCAGAAUGCCGUCUUCUCCAAAUGUUCUUCCAAUACAAUCAGCUUUAACAAUAAGCAAUACGAAUUCUCAGCCAUUUACGAAGAUGAAAUACCAGAUAAUGCGCUCCAGAAACUCACAUCUACCUCAUCCGCUCUCGUGCUUAUAGGCCCUACAGGAAGCGGAAAAACUACGACUUUAAGGUCAAUUCUUGAACAUAAAGUGAACUCUCCGAAUGAUAUCCUAUUCACUGCCUGCGAAGUCAAGGAAAACAGAAUGCUAAAUGAUUUGCUCGACAAUGGCUCCAAAAAGAAGUACCUAAGCUCAAUUCCUAUUGAAACUCAACUUAAGAAGCAGACUCUUAACCCGUCCACUAUACAGAAGGUUUUCGAAGAUCGGAAGACAGCUGCUACAGAUGCUAAUAGCGCAUCUAGCAGAUCUUGUCUCAUUGUGAGUUUACAUGAGGAUUCGCAUACAACAACGAUAGUGGACAUGAUGGGAAAUGAAAAGUUCCAUUCAACAACGAAUAGUUUUGCAAACACAAACAUAUCGUCCAUAACACAGCUCCUUUUGUCCAAAACAACCAUUAGAUCAUCUAAUUUGGUUACAAAUAUUAUCUUUAAUCGUCCUCAGCAAACGGAAGUCAAAUUCCUUCUUCACUUGCACCAAGAUGGGUGUCCAAAAUUAAUAAAAUCAGCGUUACUUAAUAUUGCAGAUGUCCUCAAAACCUUCCGCAUGUCUCCUGCAAAGAAAUCACUUAAAUGUGAAACGGAUAAAACGAGAAACGUUCCUAAUUAUGCCAUGCCAACGGUCUCAUCAUUGAGCCCCGUCAAGCAAGCUUUCAAAGUUUCCAAGCCAUUAAAGCCAUCAAGAGUUGAUGUUAAGAUACGGCAACACGCGAAAGAUGUGUAUGCCUUGACUCCCUUGAACCUCAAUUCAAAUUCAACUUUCAACACUCGUACUGUCAAGCAGAUUAAAAACAAAGGCAUUACUCAAUCCCUAUACGAAGUCGAAAUCAAGCGGUUGGAAAGCAGCAAUUUAGAGCUAGAGAUGAAAAGAAACCAACUACUUAAUGAGUUAGUCGAUUACCGAAAGAAAAUGCAUGACUCAGUUGGUGAGCUCAAACUGGAGAUGUCGUUUAUUAAAAAUGAAAAAGUCCACCAUCUCAAAGAAAUACUACUUGCCGUAAAAAUGCAGGCAGAAAAGCUUGUGCUGGAGAAUAAUUCGUUGAAGGAUGAAUUAGCGAGGACAAAUGAAAUGCUUGAACUAUCCCAAAUUACUUCUCUGAAGCAAUUGAAAAACCUUGAAACUGAGUUGAGCCUGAAGGAUGUUAUUCUUCAAGAACUUACAUCUUCGUAUACUUCCAAAAUGGAGCAGCUCGAAUCUGAGAUUUUUAGCUUAAAACAAACUCUUAUUGAAAAUCAAGAAAUUAUUUGUGCUAAAGAUACCUCAAUUAAUAGUUUACAAACAGAGGUGAUCGAGAGUGGAAGAAAAUUGAAAGAGCUCGAAACGGCCAAAAAGGAAAGUGAUAACUUUCUAGAGGAACUUCAAGACGACCGUGGAAGAUUCGUAAAGAAAAUUGCUGGCUUGGAGACGAAGAUAUCACAUCUCCAGGAUACCCUAGUCGAAAAAUCGAAUAUCAUCAGUGGACAUAAUUCGCAUGUACAAAGUAUAGAGGGUUUGUUGGCUAAAACUCGCGAAGCAAAAGGAGAACUUCGCAAGCAGUCAAAAAAGCUUUCUCAAACAUUAGAUGAAAUGAUGCACGAGAAUAAGGACUUGGCCAAAAAGCACUCAGAUCUCAUGUCGUACAAUAAAUAUAUUGUCCAGAAGUAUUCGGGCGCAUUGCAAGAAAAUGAGAAUUUGAAAGAGAAAUAUGAACAAGCUGCUGCAAAGAUACGAGAAGAAAAUCGAGAAAUCAGAGAAUUACAAGAUAGCUAUGGGAUUCUAAGGGAGCAAUUAUGCCGGCUGAAAAAAGAAUUGGUUUGGAAGAACGUAUUACGGAAUUCGAAAUGUUUCUUGUGCUUAAAUCAGACAAAGUGA